GCUGUCGGUGCUGCUACGCCAGACCCGGCUCAGAGACAGCGAGUCUCUGCUACCGUAAGCUUUUCCCUAGUGGUGCGCCCACGUCGAGGACCGCGUGGAGAUGGCAGACGAUCUUGGAGACGAUUGGUGGGAGAACCAGCCGACAGGAGCAGCCAGCAGCCCAGAAGCAUCAGAUGGUGAAAGAGGAGGAGACGUAGAAAUGGCUCAGCAAGAGACAGCUCCAGUUCCUGUCCUGUCAAAGAAAACCAAACAGCCUAAGGAAUGUUUCUUGGUACCGCCAAAGGAAACAAAAGAAGAUGCCACCAAGACCAGGAAGAGGAGGAAGAAGAAAAUUACUGACAUUCUUGCAAAAUCAGAGCCCAAACCAGGGAUACCUGAAGACCUGCAGAAACUGAUGAAGGACUAUUACAGUAGCAGUCGCUCUGUGAUUGAGUUAGAAGAACUGAAGCUACCAGACUCCUGUUUCCUCAAGGCCAACGAUUUGACUCAUAGUCUUUCAUCAUACCUAAAAGAAAUCUGCCCCAAAUGGGCAAAACUUCGGAAAAACCAUAUUGAGAAGAAAUCUGCCCUAAUGCUGAUCAUCUGCAGCUCUGCCAGCCGUGCCCUGGAGCUCAUUAGGUUGAUGACAGCAUUCAGAGGAGACAGCAAAGUAAUUAAAUUAUUUGCAAAACACAUAAAGGUCCAGGAGCAGGUAAAGUUGCUGGAGAAGCGUGCUGUGCACCUGGGUGUAGGAACUCCAGGGAGGAUUAAAGAGCUUGUUAAACAAGGUGGCCUUAAUUUGAACCCCCUAAAGUUUCUGGUGUUUGACUGGAAUUGGAGAGAUCAGAAGUUGAGGAGGAUGAUGGAUAUUCCCGAGAUAAAAAAGGAAGUUUUUGAACUUCUGGAAAUGGGAGUCCUCAGUCUGUGCAAGUCAGAAUCCUUGAAGCUGGGCCUUUUCUAAGUCUGUGUCCUGAUGAAGAUGCCAGUUUUCAUAGUGGGAUUUGCCUCUUCUUCAGUGGUGCCGGCACACUACAGACACUCAGCAAAUAUCAGCUGUUGUUCUAUCACGUUAACUGCAUCACCAGGUGGAUCACUGGGAAUGCAUGGCCAAAAUGAGUCUGUCCUUUGCCAACUCCCUGAAUAAUAAAGUAUCACCAGCUUGU